AUGGCACACUGCAGGCUGCUGGUCAUCCUGCCUGCGGUGCACGCUCUCCAGCGGCCAUUGGUCGCCGCCCGGCAUAAGCGCGCAGCGGUUAGCGCCGCCGAAGCGGUGCCCGGCGACUGCACUUCCUCGAUAACCGUGCUCGAGACGAAGGACCGCGGCCUCGGCGUCUUCGCGACGGCGCCGAUCAACAACGGGACCUUCCUGACCGAUUACGUGGGAAAAGUCGUGCCGAGCGAGGAGCUGCUCCGCGACCACCCCGACGCCGAGCCCGAGUACGCGUUCCGCGUCGACGACGCGCUCUAUAUUGAUGCGGAGAACUCGACGCACUGGUCGAAGCGCAUGAACCACAACGCCCUCGCACCGAACGUCGACUUCGAGGUGACGGCGUCGCCGCCCAGGGUACGGUUCGCGACGAUCCGCGACGUGAAAAAGGGCGAAGAGUUGACCUUUGAUUAUGGUACGGAGUUCUGGGACGGCCGGAGCUACUCUCCCGACGCGGCUACCGAUGGCCGCGUGUAUGCUUCACCCACCUUCUGCGAGAGCGUGGACCUCGGCGUGCCCCUCUCCGAGGGCGCGCUCCGCGACGUGCUCCGGGCCCGGGCCUCGCGCGCGGAGAAGGUCGCGGCGCUGCGGCGCGCGCUCGACUAUUUUGGUAUUUCCGGCGAGAUCGAAGUCCCGCCUUCCAGGUUUUUCAGGUGGCGGCGGGCAAAACGCGUCGACGCCGCGGGGGCGUCGCCGCGCCAAUUGGCGCGGGCGCUGCGGGUGUGUCUGGCGUGGGAGUAAUACUCUUAGGCAGGCUAGUAGUCAGCCGCCGACUCGUCCUCUCGGUCGACCCAGCCCGGCAGUUCCUUGGGGUCUCCUCGCGGGACGUCGGGAUAUUGCAGCUUGUCGGGCACCGGCAAACCUUCCAGCGCGAGGUAAGUACGCCAAUAUUCGGUGUCGCGCUCGUCUUGGCAUCAGAAAAUGCGGCAUCGUUCAGUGCAGAGCGGAAAUCAAGUUUGAUCGACCAUGGACGCCUAGUCGAACUUAGAUCGAUUGCCACACAGAUCCAGUGCGACAUAUGGCAUGCGUCUCAGGACGCGGUCCGCCUCACAGAGGAGUGCGGCGGCUGCACGGAUGAGCUAUGGGCUUUCGCCAAAUGCGGCCUGAAGGCGGCGGCGGAGCAGCAGUGCGGCGUGCCGGACUGCAACUUCAUGUUCCCCGACCCGGGCGACGACUGCAACGAGGGCGACUGCAAGAAGCAGUGCGACUCGUCCGACGGCGCCGCCGCGACGGGCCUAGGCUUCCUCACCGCGGCCGCGGCGGCCGUGGCCGCGCUCUAA